UGAACGGUUCAGUUUCCACGCUACCUGUUGCGCUCGGUGUCCGUGCGCUUCCCUCGUCGAUAGAAGCGAUUCAGGAAAACCGUGUUUUGUUCAGGUGAACAGCAGCAGCAGUUAGUGAGCUCAACGACCAAACAGUGCAUGAACCUCCUCGUCGCGCUUGUUGUGAACGUCGUCGCCGUCGUCUUCGGUUGUGCGGCGGCGAACCGCGCUGUUCCUUAGUGUGAUCAGCGGGGCUGUAUGUGCAGCAGCAGUCAGUGUCUGCUCGAUUCCGUUCGAAUGCUCCUUGGAUGCGGUGUCGUUUUUGUCGAGCAGCAGUGGGCCCUGAAGAGAAUCCAAGAGCGCUCCGAGAUAACAAGGUGGGCGGACUAAUGUUACAUUGUUUCGACGAUUGUGGUAGCGGCGAAUCGCUAAAUAGUAGUGAGUCAGCGAAACAAGGUGACUAGAUUCUGUGUAAAGUGUGAAAAUCAGUGUAAGAAAAAGAAGAAGCAAGGUGCAUCGGUUGGUGUGAAAUGAGUGCGAAUGACACGACGAAGACUGCUACCAGUAACCAUCAGGUCGGCCAGGUCGGUAAGCAAUGGUGGAAGGUAUGCUUCCUGUAUGGGAACCAGGAGAAAUAUUAUCGGCAGAUCUAUGCUAAGGCGGCCUCGGAGAGGAUAGCCCAGUCGCAGCACAAUGGGAACCAAGGCAAAUCGGCGAUCAUCUUUCCGACUAAACAGCAUCGCCCCAUUUUAGUCAGCAGUAAGAAGGACUCGGACGCAGAUCGUCCUGCUCCAACGUCCAAAAAGCGAGUUACCGUUCUGGAUGACUCGUUCCUUAUGGGGGUGAGUGAAGAUGAACAACGAUCGGACAGUGGCAUAAACAUCGAUGCCUCGAACCAACCCGACGAUCCUCCACCACUCGUCAACCGUGGGAUGCGUCGUAAUUUCCACCUGAGCAGCGAAGAGUUGCGUCUGUUGAACUCGGACCGAUCGCCUGUCCCGCCCAGUGGGGGGCACUCGGUACAAACGACUCCGCCUCCAACGGUAACGAAUCCAUCUCCCAUUGUGAUAAACCAGGCCGCCUCCAGUGGGAACUCACAAAUUGCACCCAAUUCAUCAUCAUCAUCAUCUUCGCCGGUGGUGGUUGCGGCGGUUUCUAGAAGUCCCAUAAAGGCAGCCCACACGCUGUCCGGAACCUCUCCGGACAUUCUGGUCUCUUCAACGGCGAGCAGUCCCACCACAACCAAAACGUGACCGCCGCCCAAAAUCCACCCCGCCGCACCGAUGUCGUAUCCAUACCAAAAACCCUCCUUCGAGUACGACCAGCUGGUCGGGUGCGCUGAGUCACUACACCACCCCAGCAGCAACGGUUCUGGCUUCCAUUCCCGAAACCACCCAGCGGCAAUCCUGCGUUGGAUUCGCCCGAUUCACCACCAACAACCACCUCUGCCGCCGCCGCAUUGGUUGGCUUCCCCGUCGGUGGGUGACUUUCUUGCACCGAUUACCCAGCCACCAACCGCACCUGGGAUGGGAGGAUCGCGAUCAAUUUAUAGUGCCCACGCCCUCUCCCAGGCGGCGAACAACCUUCACCCCCAGCACCUGCAGCACCUUCAGCACGGCCCGUUCGGUCAGCAACCGCCGCCACCACCGAUGGGUUCGCCAUCACCUGCGUUAUAUCAUCAUUCGCCUCGGGGUGCACCGGGUCCAGGCCACCAUCAGCAGACGUUUCCGCCGAAUUUCCCUCCCAAUAUGCAACAACAGCCGCACCAGCAUCCUGGAUUGGGAGGCCCUAUGGCAGGAGGAGGAGGCGGCGGUGCAAUGGUUUGGUUUCCCCAGUCCGAUGAUGACGAUGUUUGGCUGCUGGAGGUACACACCUGGGUUCCACCGGGGCUGCGACCGGAUCAGGUCCACCUGUACUUCUCGGCCAUCCCCGAGGAUAAGGUCCCGUACGUCAACAGCAUCGGCGAGCGACAUCGCGUCCGUCAGUUGCUCCAACAGCUUCCACCCCACGAUAAUGAGGUGCGAUAUUGCCAUUCACUGACCGAUGAAGAGCGCAAAGAGCUCAAGCUCUUCUCGGCGCAGCGGAAACGGGAGGCCCUCGGCAGGGGAACCGUGAAGCAGCUCGCCACGAAUCAGAUUUGCGACGGGUGUGGCGAAUGCAUAUCUUCCGGUGACAUGGGAGUGUACGCCUCGCGAUCCGAUCCGGGUACGUGCUGGCACCCGGCCUGUUUCGUAUGCUGCGUCUGCAAAGAACUGCUCGUAGAUUUGAUCUACUUCCACCGGGAGGCUCGACUGUACUGCGGAAGACACCACGCGGAGACGUUAAAACCACGAUGUUCAGCUUGUGAUGAGAUUAUUUUAGCAGAUGAGUGCACGGAGGCCGAGGGACGGGCGUGGCAUAUUAAACAUUUUGCCUGUUUCGAGUGCGACAAGCAGCUGGGUGGUCAACGAUACAUAAUGCGAGACGGGAAGCCGUACUGUUUGCACUGUUUCGAUGCAAUGUUCGCAGAGUAUUGCGACUUCUGCAGCGAGCCAAUCGGUGUGGAUCAGGGUCAAAUGAGCCACGACGGUCAGCACUGGCACGCGACAGACAGUUGUUUUGCCUGCAGUACCUGUCGGUGUUCGCUGCUCGGGCGACCGUUUUUGCCACGUAGGGGUGAGAUUUAUUGCUCUAUAGCCUGUAGUAAAGGUGAACCACCUACGCCUUCCGACGGAUCAGUGCCAACUAUAUUGCCUGCUCGAACUCGCCUGCGGGCUCCCGGUCAGCGAACCUUCGACGACCCUUCAGCGGAGUACGUACCAAAUUUGCCAAAGUCACCUGAACCGCUGCAGAGUCCCAUUAGCGAACGAAGCACCCCACACUCCAGUCCUGCCAAACACUCGCACACGGAAAUGUCCACCAACAUAUCCAGUCCCGUUCCCACGGAAUACAACGAACAGACGUAUUCCAUAUCUGUCGACAACGAUGUACAAACCUACACCGGAAGUGGUGCUACCUCACCCAUAUCUUCCCGAACUCUUCCCUGUACAGAACCCAGUGAUCAAACCGACUGCCAGCAUCAAUCUCUUCCCCCUCUUAUCCCCAAUCACCGUCGACUUCCUCAGUGUUCCCCGGAACUGGAUCGACUGCUGCACAAAGACCGGAGCCGACAACCGCUGGAUCUCACCGACCUCAGCUUAAGCCUGGACAACUGGCAGGCGGAUCACAACUCGACCGUCAUUCCCGGUCCCAGCAUAGCCAAAAGCAAUCCAGUUCUUACCUCUUCGAUGCCGGAGUUGAGUCAGCAGCAACAGCAACUACAACAACAACAGCAACAGCAGCAGCAGCCCCAUUCACUGAUAGCCUACGAUGAUAUUGGACCGUUGGACAAAGCAAGUGCAAUAACCGAUCCGGACGACGUUAUCCAGAAUGCGUCGGAUGAUGCUUCGCAUUCCAUCGUGGAGCUGCCCACGCCACCACCCAUAGUAAUUAAGAAAGAGGUCCGCUUCGAAGGUGACUUCCAGGACUCGCUGCCCCGCUCCAAGAGCUACUGCACCCGAACCGGGGGUACCCGGUCGCGAACGUCCAAAUCGAAGCGCCGUUCCGCACAUCACCAUCAGCAUCACCGGUCGUCCGGUGAGAGCAGCAGCUACGGUGGUGGCUACGAUCGGCACCACUCGUCCGGUGGCGGCAGUAGCAGUAGCAGCAACAAACGAUCCCCGCGGCGGAGACGUGCCCCCGAAGUGGAGUACAUCGAGCACCACGAGGGCCACCACGGAGAUGACGAUUCCGACAGCCGGAGCGUGUGCUCGACCUGUUCGUCGAGUUCGUCCAGCGCCGACGACACCGUGUAUGAGCUUCCGAUGAGGCGCACCUACGGCGGAACUCGGAUCCACUAUAUGCCAAACAAUUCGCUUGCCUGCGCCCGCAAGCGGAAGCAACUGCAGAAUAGCCAUCCUUAUGAGAAAGACAAUAAGAACUGUAUCAUAUCGUGAGAGAACGAGGAAGCGGAGCCGUUGUGUUUGUGAAAUAUUUAGGAUUAGAUUUUCUGUAUAUUUUGUCGACCGCCCCCCUCAGCAGUAUUUCGUAGUUAGUGAUACAACCAAAAUGUGAUUCGAAAAAAUCACCGUUUGAAUCAAAAACACAGAUAUUUAAAAGAAACAGAUAUUAAUCAAAGGUUUGAAUGUAUUUUGACUAUUGAUUUUUUUUCGGGUUGAAAUUGUAGAUUUAGAUGGAUUGAAUAUUUAACUGAAAGUUUUUACUAAACAAGAAAUACUCUGCGAGAAACGAUGGAAACAGUGAGAUUAGAGCGCGUAUCGCAUCGCAUACGAUUGCUCUCGAUACCGAUAGCAGAACCCUAUCUAAUGCUCAUAUCGUAAGUGUAAGAAUAUUUUUUAUACAUGUAGAGUUUGUUAGGAUUAAAAUUUUACCGAGAAGUUGAAAGAGGAACAA